CAGCAGCCUGAGGGGGGUAUCAAGUCAUCCUGAUGAAGCAGCAGGAGAGAAAACACCAAGGACAAAGGCACACGAACCCGAUUUUGGGGCAACCGUGCGCACGCUUGGCCGGGACUCAGCUGAGCGGGGCUGGGAGCUGAGCAAGCGAGUCCUGCAGAGGCAGGUAAGGGCUGGGAGGCAGGCGCCCGCCCCAGCUGCAGCCCCAGCGCGGAGCCGUAGGCAAAGCAGCACCUUGCAGCACCCCGUGAUGUCAUUCAGGUCGCGGUGCACAUGUAAACAAGGCUGGAGCGGUGCAGCCCGGACACUCCACUUCCUCCUGACAGCACAGUUGCGCCUAGCUGGGUUUCUGCCUGAAAAGGAAUGACACACCAGCCCUAUACCACCACAGAUGCUUCUAGCAGCCCAGUCAUGACACAGAGCAACCAGACCUGCUCCAGUCACAAUAUAACAUUCAAAAACAGCCUGUACGCAACCACUUACACCAUCAUAUUCAUCCCUGGCCUCCUGGCAAACAGCGCUGCCUUAUGGGUCUUGUGCCGCUUCAUCAGCAAGAAGAACAAAGCCGUCAUCUUCAUGAUCAACCUGGCUGUGGCCGACCUGGCUCACGUCCUUUCACUGCCACUGCGAAUAUACUAUUAUAUUAAUUCCACGUGGCCUUUUGGGAGAUUCCUUUGCUUACUGUGUUUCUACCUGAAGUACCUCAACAUGUAUGCCAGCAUUUGUUUCCUCACCUGCAUCAGCAUUCAAAGGUAUUUCUUCCUGUAUCAGCCAUUCAAAGCCAAGGACUGGAAGCGGCGGUACGAUGUUGCCAUCAGUGCUGUGGUGUGGCUCUUUGUUGGGAUGGCAUGCUUGCCGUUCCCCAUCAUGCGUGGCUACGGCCUGGCCAAAAACACAAAUACCUGCUUUGCAGACCUUCAAGUCCGGCAGAUUGACAGCAAGGUGGCCACUGUGCUGAUGACAGUCACAGCAGAGCUCUUCGGGUUCAUCGGCCCACUCAUCAUUAUUUUAUUCUGUACUUGGAAAACAAAGGACUCUCUUCGGGGCUUCCAGAUACCACUGCAAAACAGCAGCGAGAGGCGGAAGGCUUUAAGGAUGGUUUCCAUGUGUGCCAUUGUGUUCUGUGUGUGUUUUGCACCAUACCACAUCAACUUCUUUUUCUACAUGUUGGUGAAAGAAAAUGUAAUUACAGACUGCUUCCUGAGUUCCAUCACACUCUAUGUCCAGCCCUUUUGCUUAAGUCUUGCAAGUCUGGACUGCUGUUUGGAUCCGAUACUGUAUUUCUUUAUGACUUCAGAGUUUCAGGACCAGAUAUCAAGGCACAGCAGCAUGGUCAUCAGGAGUCGGCUCAUGAGCAAAGAGAGUGGUUCAUCAAUUAAGGAAUGACAAGGAAGACAGCUUAAAAGAAUGAAGAUAUUUCAUACGAGAUCUGGGACUGUUCUGUGAUACUUGACUUACCAACUCUGUUGUGGAAGAUCCUGCAAGUCUAUACAGGGGAGUUUUGUGCCAGUGGACAUCUAACAAUAUAUAGAAGAUAGAACUCUGUUUAAGACCGAUGUGUUGGAAGCUGAUGAGUGACCCAACUGGUGUGACUACACUUACUGCUGUGCCACCCAUGCCUGGCUUAGCUGGACUUGAAAAUAUACAAGAGGGAGUGACAAAGCUUUUGCUAGGAAAUGGUGGAAAAGUCCCAGGAGAUUUUCUUCUAUUUUCCCAACUCCAUGGCUCUAUGAUCAAGCCAAAGACAAUCCCACAUCCAUACAUUGACAUCUGCUGAAGUUUCUUCUCUGCUAAAACCACACAAUACAUACAAGGACUUGAAAAUGGCCAGUAAUAAUAAAUGGCAGUUUUAGUCUUCACACUCAGGGCUGCACACGUGUGAAGGUUGGCAGCUUGCUUCAGCACGGCAGCCCCGGCUUGCCACUGCCCACUCCUGGCUUUGAAUGCAUCCCACUCAUCACCACAUUUACUUCUGCUUCACCUUCCCCAGACUUCCCCUCUUGCUCUCGUUCAUUAUUUCCUCCUCAUCCAGAUCUAAGUUUGUCCCUAAUUGUCGAUGCAUCCUGUAACUUGCACCUACAGCUGGUGCAAGACCCUCUGCAAGACAAAUUCUCCCGGUGGCUCCUCAAACACUUCAGAGUGGGACCUCCCCUUGCUCGGAGUGACUUUCUUCCUCUCUGAGCUGCCCCCAUUGGCAAGGGGGGGUAUCGGGGUGGCCUUUGCCUUUGGGCCCUGAGGGGCAGGACCACUGGGAGUGUGCUGCUGGCUGGGUGCAGCUGGACUCGGCACUGGUGCAGGUGGAUUUGGUGAUGCUGGUGGUACCGUUCAGAUCCUUGGUCUCUUCUGCAUGUGGCUUCUUGGGCCCAGAUGUACCUGCAAUGGAUCUGCCCCAUGAAACCUCAACUCAGUGGGUUCAAUUGACAUAUCUUUUAAAAAAGAGGGGUGUUCUUGCCAAGGUGAUUUCACUAAUAGAGCAUAGGCUAAUUUCUGACAUAAAUUAUUCACCACGAUUUUUUCCACCAGGUCCUUUUUUUAUAAUUGGCUAUGAAGAUAUGGAAAGCAGUGAUGAUUUACCUCUUAUUUUAAAUUGGUGACAGCUCUUUGGCCAAGUUCACCCACUUUGUGUAACUUCAAAGGUAUCCUCACGAUACAUGGGGAUUGUUUUGGCUGAACGCAGGCACUGACUUACUGCCUUUGAAAAACAUGUGUUUUUUCAAAGAGUACAGUACUCAGUAAGCGCCAGUGCCAACAUCUUAUAUGUUGUUACAAAAAUAGAAGAAAUACCAAAAACACUUGCUAAGUACAUUUUAAAUCUAACUACUAAAUUCCACUUAAUUAUAUUUUAACUCAGCCAAAAAUUUUCUGCAUAUUAUGUUUUCCCGCUUGGCUGUUUUACAAUAAAAUGGGAAAAAGCAAAUAGCCAGGUUUAAAAAAACAUUACACUUCAGUUCCUCUAAAAGACAGUGAAGACAUACUGAUUAUAUACAAAAAGGUCUUGCAGUUCUCCUCUCAUUUGUGAGAAGAUGAUUACGGGCUACAGUAUGAUGAACUUAAUCUUACAUGAGAUAAGUGACAAUACCAAAAUAUGCCUAUCUGAAGGAAGUAACUGUCACAGCGAAUUAUUGCAGGCUUCUGGUGAGAAAGCUGCAGAGAAGGCAAACAGUCCAUCUCUCGCUGGUCAAUGGAAAUGUUUUCUCCAAUUUAACUGGCAGUUCAUUAUGACAAUGAUAUAUGUACAUGUUUACAAACUGCAAGUAGUCCCUUUAAAAAUGCGAGCAGAAGUUGAUGCUCAGGUACACAGUUAAGCAUGUGUAAUGAAAUUUUUGUCAAUUUAGCAGUUUUCUCAUAAGCUAGAUGCUGUGUAACAUUGGAGAAGGAGACUUUAGUUUCAAUGUUUGUUUUGAGGAUUUUUAUGGACCUCAAUCAGGUAGCAUGUGACUGGGAGCUGUUUACUGUGAUUUUUUUUUUCUCAUGCAAUUCACCAUUUAUCAGAUGAAAACAAGCUGAAGGCACUGUUAUGGUAACUAUGUAGCUUGUCCUACAUUUUUCUUUCCAAAAACUGAUGCUUAAAAAAUAAACGCAUUUUUGCAAACAUAAA